AUGGUGGCCGCAAAACAGCGGCAUUUGGAGCUGUCCACCAGCCCAAAACUGGGGGACGCCGAGGCGGGCGCCUUUGUGCGCAUCAUUGAGAUGAACGGCCUGAAGAAAGGCGGGGAGAAUGGGCUGGAGAAGGUAGAGCGCACGGUGGGGCAUCGCUUGAAGCAACACAGCUUCUUCCCUUGGCGCGUACUGGUGCCCCUCAACGUCACACCGCGGCUCAGGGGCCUCAUACUGCUAAAUCUGGUCUGCCUGGCCUGCGCCUCGGCCUUUGUGGUGCUCAAGGAGUCCCAGGAGAACGUGGACCCCUUUGUCUUCUCCUCCAUCCGCUUCAUCAUCGCCGCCGCCGUGUUCAGCCCCUUUGUGCGCAACGCGCUGCGCGAGGAGCGCGUGGUCAAGGCGGGGGUGGAGAUUGGGGCGUGGGCCGCGGGCGGCUACCUCACCCAGAGCAUCGGCAUGCUGACGGCGGACGCCUCGCGCGGCGCCUUCCUGUCGGGCUUCACCGUGGUGGUGGUGCCGCUGAUGGCGGGCAUGUUUGGCACCGCCAAGCUCAAGCGCAGCACCUGGGGCGCGGUGCUGGCGGCGCUGGUGGGCAUCAGCCUGCUGGAGGACAGCGGCGCGCCCGCCAGCUGGGGCGACUUCUGGAGCUUCAUGUCGGCGGUGCUGUUUGGCGCGCAGAUAUACCGUGCUGAGUACUGGAGCAAGCAGCUGGGCGCCAAGCAGGCCAUCCCCAUGCUGUCUGUGUCUGUGAUGAUGAUUGCAGCCAUCAGUCUGGCCUCUACCGCAGCCGCACACCCGCAGGCCACCCUGCACUUCCUAGCCAACCCUGGGGAGGCGACGAGGCUGCUGGGGCAGACGACGCUGCCGUGGGCGGGCAUCAUUUACAUGGGGGUGGGCGUCACAAACGGCGGCCUCAUAGCAGAGAUUGUGGCGCUGCAGGAUGUGAGCUCCACCGAGGCCGCCAUCAUUUACACGCUGGAGCCGGUGUUUGGCGCCUCGCUGGCGUACAUCAUGCUGGGGGAGCGGUGGGGCACCAGCGGCUGGGUGGGCGCCGGCCUCAUCGUGGUCUCCUGCCUCGUGGCGCAGCUGCUGGGGGUGGAGAAGGACGAGCACGAGAAGCACGACGAUGUGGAGAAGCCGUGA